AUGAAGACGAAUAACAAGACAUCAACAACAACAACCACACCAUCAUACUCUUCAAUAACCACUACGACCACAUCAACAAACCAUCAUCAUCAUGAUGUAGAUUCCACUGGGAGAAAUUACCGAAUGGAAAGGAAACAAGAAGAGGAACGGAACCAAGUCAUACUGGAAGAAGGAUAUUCAGCCUGCCAAGCAAGUACCAUCCAUGAAGCUGAUGCUGCAAAAGAUGAUGAUGGACCAUGUAAAAAGGUGAAUUGCUUUAGAUCGGAAACAAAUUAUCAAGGUCCAGCGGACGAUAGCAGACCACCCUCAUCAUCAUCCUACUCAUUCAAUGCUCAUUCGUUACCUUUACCUAUUGCUUCCUCUGAGGACGAAACUACCAGCAGCACUGAAAACAGUGAUAACAACGACAACCAUUAUGAAACCACUCUGUUUCAGAGUGGAGUUCAACAGCCAAGUAGGUCUAGAACUCUCUCUCACUUGACCGUCCAUACUAUGGAAUCAUUGAUGAGAAGUGAAGCAACAGUGGUGUUGCAUGGAUCAUCUGUACCCUCCUCUUCUGCCAAUGUCAAUAACCAAAACUUUCAAAAAUCACCGCCACCUCCUCCAACUUUUCCAACAUUACCAGGAGUUAUCGAAACAGCUCACCCUUUAAGUAGUGUUAGCAAUGGCAUGACAACUCCCGCGACACAAGGAAUGUUUCCAUUCUCAUUCACCCAUCCAAAACAACAAAAUCUCAAUCAGCUGCAAUCCCUUCCUCAGUCCUAUGACUCACCUUGUGGUAAUAUACCAUUAGAUUCUCAAAGUUGUACCUCAAGCAGUUCCACUGUGACACAAGGUGGUGGUAUUACAGAAGAAAAGAAAACAAAAAACAGAAAAGAAAAAUCUCUGACCAUGAUUUGUGCGAAAUUCAUUCAAUUUUAUGAAAAUCUAAAAAACUCUAAUGCUGCUAACAACAAUCAAAGCAAGGGAGAAAUUAAGAUUGAAGAAGCUGUCAACACUCUAGGAAUUGAAAAGAGACGAAUUUAUGACAUUCUCAAUGUUUUGGAGAGCAUUUCUAUUGUAUCUAAGGUGGGAGUUUCAUGUUACAAGUAUCAUGGUACAAAAAGUCUCUCUACGACUCUGGAACAAAUGAAGAGCAGUGCUUUGGAAGAUGCCACUCUUCUUGAAGGACUAAAAUCGCUUCCAAAAACUCCACAAAAUGAACCCCUACUCCAAUGCCUACCCAAGUUUAAGCAGAAUAUCAAUGCAAUGACUCCCUCUAGAUCCAAUACAUUGACCUCUCUGAGUAGACUUUUGAUCAUGAGCUUCCUUGUUACUGAAACGAAAGAGAUGUCACAAGAUCAACUUGUCAGUAUUGUUCUUAAAGAUUCAGCUGAAAAGACUCGGACAAGAAGAUUAAACGACAUUGUCAACAUUCUUUCUGGCAUUCAUCUCAUAGAGAAGAGAAGUGAAAAGAGUGUCAACUAUUUCAAAUGGCUUGGAACGUUACCAAAACAAGAAACGACUAUAUUCUCUCCUUCAAAGAUGCCUAUCAAAAAGAGAAAGAGAACUACUUCCAAACUUUCAAAUUCCUCUGUCUCUGAAGAACACUCACCAUGCUCUGAUGACGCUACUUCUCCAUCCUCGACUUUCUCUGCGAUCGACACUCCUCAAUCAUCCAACGUGUCGAACACGGAGAGCGAUUCCGCUUCAUCUUAUUCCUCUUCCUCCCAAUCAUCUACACCCUAUUCUCCCUUUUUCCACACCACUGUCACGACUCCAAAAUCAUCUAGCAGUGUAACCGUUAAUAAUGUUGGAGGUCUUCACUUUCAAUUUAGAUCACCACCAAGCAAGAAAAACAAACCAAGUCCAACGCUUACAGCUCCUGCAUCCUUGUCCAAGAAUUUGCAAGAAAUGUUCACUUCAAAACCAGUUCAAGAAAAGAAACUUCAACCCAUUUCACCACGUACAUUCAGUACUACUACUCCUGCUGCUGCUACCGGUCCAUUGACAUCCAAUCAACACAAGAAUUUAACAGUCUCCAUUCCAGUCAAGCCAUUAAGCACCAAUAUUUCUAUCAGCAGUAGUAUUUGCCCAACAACCACUCCUCCUCAACAAUCCAAGACCUCUCCAUUUGUGACCACUUUGGGAUCUUUCCGUUUCGCCACUGCUAAUUUACAACCUCUUCAAAACUCCGUAAAUACUGUGAAACCAAACACUACAGCACCAUGCUCCAUUAGUCCUUUGGCAAUUCUGAAAGAAGAAAAGAAUAAGGAAAAUUGUCUCUCCACACCAUUGAACAAGUCAGCCGAAACCCUUCGUGUGAAAACAAUGACUCCAUCACCAUCAUCGAAUCCAUCCAAGGGAUCCUUUACCGUCAAGAUUCGCUCACCUCUUCAACCCUUGUCGCCUUCCGAGCUUUCUGUGUUGAAUCAACAACAAAAUAUUCAAACACAACUCAAUACCAAGAAGAAAUAA